AUGAGUGAAGUUGAAGUUAAACCAAGUGCCCAACCAGAAACAGAGGUCAAAAGAGUACCUAGAAAGAGAUUUGUGGGGAAAAGAGGUCCUGGUGCUACCAAUGCAGAUGCAUCAAGAGUUAAAGGACAUGUCGGUAGAGUUAUGACACAAGUUCCACAAGAAAUAUUAGAAGAUAAAGAAUUAAACGAAGCUAUUAAAUUAUUACCAUCAAAUUAUAAUUUUGAAAUUCAUAAAACAGUAUGGAAUAUUAAAAAGCAAAAUGCUAAAAGAGUUGCAUUACAAAUGCCUGAAGGUUUAUUAAUCUAUUCAUUAAUCAUAUCUGAUAUCUUGGAACAAUUUUGUGGUGUUGAAACAAUAGUUAUGGGUGAUGUUUCUUAUGGUGCUUGUUGUAUUGAUGAUUUCACUGCAAGAUCUUUAAAUUGUGAUUUUAUUGUUCAUUAUGCUCAUUCAUGUUUAGUUCCAAUUGAUAUCACAUUGAUUAAAGUUCUUUAUAUCUUUGUUACUAUAAAUAUUGAUGAAACUCAUUUAAUUAAGACUAUUCAAAGAAAUUUCCCUUCAAAUUCCAAGAUUGCAACUUUUGGUACAAUUCAAUUUAAUCCAACAAUUCAUGCAAUUAAAGAUAAAUUAGCAAAUAAUGAAGAACAUCCAAUUUAUACAAUCCCACCACAAAUCAUGCCAUUAUCUAAAGGUGAGGUUCUAGGUUGUACAUCUCAAAGAUUAGAUAAAGAAGAUAUAGAUGCAAUGAUUUAUGUUGGUGAUGGUAGAUUUCAUCUUGAAAGUGCAAUGAUUCAUAAUCCAGAAAUACCCGCAUAUAGAUAUGAUCCAUAUUCAAGAAAAUUUACAAGAGAAUAUUAUGAUCAAAAACAAUUAAUUAAAAUUAGACAUGAUGCUAUUCAAACUGCAUCAAAAGCUAAAAAAAUUGGUUUAAUCUUGGGUGCAUUAGGUAGACAAGGUAAUAUAAAUACAUUGGCAAAUCUCGAAUCAAAUUUAUCAAAAAGAGGUAUAAUUGUUGUCAAGAUUAUUUUAUCAGAAAUUUUCCCACAAAAAUUAUCAAUGUUUGAUGAUAUUGAUGCAUUUAUUCAAGUUGCAUGUCCAAGAUUAUCAAUUGAUUGGGGGUAUGCUUUUAAUAAACCAUUAUUAACACCAUAUGAGGCAAAUGUUAUGAUGGAAAUGGAUAAAAUGUGGAAUGAAAAUUAUUAUCCAAUGGAUUAUUAUGGGAAAGAUGGUUAUGGACGUGGGAAAAUUCCUGAUCAUUCAUCUAUUAAUGUCUAA